CGUUUAUGUUUGCGGUUAUCGUACAACGUCAAGCCACAUUGACUUUUUGACAAAGUGAUAGGUACCAAGUGUGCCUAGUGUUAAAUGUAUACGAAUUACGAUUUGUGGUACGAUUAAGAGCUAGUAUUUUAUAGAAAUCUUUAAUCCUGAGUUUGGCUUCUCUAAAUACCUAACCAGUUUAUUUAUCACCAAUAAACUAUAAUCAUUAGUGUAGGAAAAAAAAUUGCAUAUAAGACAAACAGGAAUAAAAAGUUAUAUGUAAAUAAGGCUUAUUUGUUUUAAAAAUAGUGUAUCCCAAUUGUAACAAACGAUGACAUUCUUAACUAACUGGGAGGAAUUUGAGAAGUCUGCAGAAAUGUUAUAUUUGAGAGACCCGAUAAACACACGAUACAGUGUAAAAUAUUCACACUCUAAAGGCCUAUUUGUGGUCAAAAUCACGGAUAAUAAAAAGUGUCUCCAGUAUAAAACAGAGGUGCAACAAGAUGUCAGAAAAAUAGAUAAAUUUAUAUCAAAUUUAAUUAGGCACAUGGCUUCAAAUGACAACUAAUUUAAGCUAGUGAAUAAAAAUUUUCUUUUACCUAA